GGCGGGGGGUGGGGGGGAAAGUUUGCAUUGCAAUCCCCCUGCCUUCCUCUCUUUUCUCCAGAUCAAUGCAUAUUUGCAAAAGGAUUAAGCCACAGAUUUAAGCUCUGAGAGCCCAUUUCUGCUUUGCAAAGGAGCCGGGACUAAAAACAACCCAAAAUCCACCUCUGAUUUCUUUUCACCAAGUGGGAAGGUGGUUUAUUUUUCUUGCUUUUUGGAGUCAACACCCUUCCUCAUCAGCCCUCACCCUGCAACCCUUUCACGCCCCCCCUUCCUCUCCUCACUCCCCAUCCUCCCACCAUCCUCUAAAAGAGGCAAAGGGAUUUUUUUUUUUUGGUAUCCCCCCCCCCUUUUUAUUCUGAGAAGGAUUUGGAGACAGCUUGAACGAUAAAAAGCCUUGGUAGUUCCAAGGAGCCGAGCAGAGGAGAAGAGGAAACAGGGGCUGCUGUUGCCUUUGGAGAUAGAUGAUCAGCCCAGGUUGAUGCAUUCCCAUGCUGGGGUGGGGAUGGCAGGACACCCCGGCCUGUCCCAACACUUGCAGGAUGGGGCUGGAGGGACCGAGGGAGAGGGAGGGAGAAAGCAGGACAUUGGAGACAUUUUACAGCAAAUUAUGACCAUCACAGACCAGAGUUUGGACGAGGCGCAGGCCAGGAAACACGCUUUAAACUGCCACAGAAUGAAGCCUGGCUUUUUUAAUGUGUUGUGCGAAAUCAAAGAAAAAACAGUUCUGAGUAUCCGAGGAGCCCAGGAAGAGGAGCCAACAGACCCCCAGCUGAUGCGAUUGGACAACAUGCUGUUGACAGAGGGGGUAGCGGGGCCUGAGAAAGGUGGAGGAUCUGCAGCAGCUGCAGCGGCAGCGGCAGCAGCGGCAUGGGGGGGGGGGGGAGCCGGCUCAGACAACUCAGUUGAGCAUUCUGACUACAGAGCCAAACUCUCACAAAUCCGACAGAUCUACCACACGGAACUGGAGAAAUAUGAACAGGCAUGCAAUGAGUUCACUACACAUGUGAUGAACCUGCUUCGUGAGCAGAGCCGGACCAGGCCCAUCUCACCAAAGGAGAUUGAAAGAAUGGUGAGCAUCAUCCAUCGCAAAUUCAGCUCCAUCCAGAUGCAGCUCAAGCAGAGCACAUGUGAAGCAGUUAUGAUCCUACGUUCACGGUUUUUGGAUGCAAGGCGGAAGAGAUGAAACUUCAACAAGCAAGCCACAGAAAUCCUGAAUGAGUAUUUCUAUUCCCAUCUCAGCAACCCUUACCCCAGUGAGGAAGCCAAAGAGGAGUUAGCCAAGAAAUGUGGCAUCACGGUCUCACAGGUGUCAAACUGGUUUGGAAAUAAGCGAAUCCGGUACAAGAAGAACAUAGGUAAAUUUCAAGAGGAAGCCAAUAUUUAUGCUGCCAAAACGGCUGUCACAGCUACCAGUGUGUCAGCCCAUGGAAGCCAAGCUAACUCACCCUCAACUCCCAAUUCAGCUGGUUCUUCCAGUUCUUUUAACAUGUCAAACUCUGGAGAUUUGUUCAUGAGCGUGCAGUCACUCAAUGGGGAUUCUUACCAAGGGGCCCAGGUUGGAGCCAACGUGCAGGCACAGGUGGAUACCCUUCGCCAUGUUAUCAGCCAGACAGGAGGAUACAGUGACGGACUUGCAGCCAGUCAGAUGUACAGUCCGCAGGGCAUCAGUGCUAAUGGAGGUUGGCAGGAUGCUACUACCCCUUCAUCAGUGACCUCCCCUACAGAAGGCCCUGGCAGUGUUCACUCUAAUACCUCCAACUGAUCUCCCAGCAAUUGCAUCCCUGACUGACCUCCUGCCCCAAAUGGGGGGUGGGGGCAGGAGGGAGGGUUUCUCUCCCCAACGUUGAAGCAGUCAGACUGGAGGUCGAAGCAAUCAGCAAACACAAUAAGAGUCUCCUUCUCUUCUCUUCUUCGGGAUGCUACUUCAGCCAAUCUGGACACUUCUUUCUACUCUCUUCCCUUUCUUUUCUGGGUAGAAGCCACCCCUUCCCCCUGCCUCCAGCU